ACGUCAAGCCGUCGCGACGCGUGCGUCUUCUCUUUUGCCGGUUUCACGAAUCUCACGAGACUCGCGUGUCCCCCCCCUCCCUCCCCCUGUACACAGCGUGGCCACCAGCUCUCCGUGAUAUCCCACCGUGUUUCGCCCACCUGUUCGCUCCAGCGAGUGUGUGCCGCGGCCCUGUUUUCUCUCUCUCUUUCUUUCUUUCUUUCCCCCUCGAAACGAGAUCACGUAGUGCACGUGCGUUCCGUAUGUAUAACAACAACGAAGCAAAAAGAUCGGUCGGAGAAAUAGUGUGCUUGUCCACAGGGAUAACCUGCCUCAAGUUCCAAGUUUUCGAAGCUUCUCGCGAGUGAUAAAUAUCGCCUUUUUUCCAACCUCCAACCUCCCCUGGUGCACAACCGUGGUGAGAAAACGAUCGAUCGAUCAUCGUCCCCCUUCGGUUGCCCCCCUCUCCCCCCCGGUGUUCGAUAGCCGGUUAAACUGGGCCAGUGUUGGGAUCGUGUCGGUUGGAGAACGUGGAGAAGGAGGAGGAGGAGGAGGAGGAGUGCCUUUCCGGGUCCUGUGGAGGCCGGUGUCUCUGGGUAUAUAUAAUCGUUGUCGGGCAACCGUUGGAUUAUGACUGUCGGGUAGAUGACACUCGGCAGGCCGUCGUCGUAGGGUCGACGCAGCUUUCCACCUCCCUCCACUCGCCGAGAAAAUCACCAUGAUCAUCGAAACGCUCGUAAGAAUAUCAUAAUCCAUCCCCGCAACAACAACAACAACAACAACAACAACAAUAUCCUGACACCGCAACAAGUAGCCAAACUAGCGUAUAUAUAUACAUAUAUAUAUAUAUAUACACAUGUAUAUAACCCAACCUAAUCGGCGAGUCUAAUAAAAAAACUCGUAAAAAAGAAAAAGAGAAGAAAAAGAACUCGGAGAGAGGCAAGACGAAGAAAAAGAAGAAGAAGAAUAAGAAGAAAAAGAAGACAAGGAUCAAAGGCGGAGGAGGAAGAGGAGAGAGUAGUUGAGGGAGAGAAGAAAAAAAAAAGCCGCGACGAGGAAAGCGCGGAGAAGCGUGUGUGGCAAAGUUGGAAGCGGGCGAAGGAAAGUGGAGCGUAAAUGCUCGCAGAGGCGCUUAAGCGGGCUUACGCGCGAGCAAGCGUAUCGUGAGCCGGCUUCGUAACGUGAAAACGUGUGAGGGAUGCGGCCCAUGGGCGAAGGGUGGGGUCUUUGGGCACCGAUAAGGCUUAUCCGAAGAUACGAUGGCCGGCUGCUCGGCUCUUGUCGCCAGUCGUAGUGCUCAGGUGGCCGAGGCGGGAUCGUCGUGCGCUUUAAUUCACGCUCCGAUAUCGCGGGUACGCGUCUAUUCCGAGUAUCACAAUCGCUAUCGCAUCGGGCUGGCCGGGAUCACCGGUUCGAUCGAAGGGAGUCACGCGUGAGGACCACGGGACCCAGGUGUGCUCCGCAGGGGUGACGACUGGCCGUGGAUCGAGCGAGAAACAGCAUAAUGAACAACAACAGCGUGGAGCAACCAGAUCCCGACAACAUAAAAAUGUUCGUCGGCCAGGUGCCUCACGACAUGGACGAAAACGAUCUGAGGAAGUUGUUCGAGGAGUUCGGUCGGGUGCAUCAGAUAAACAUCUUGCGCGACAAGAUCACCGGAAGUCAUAGAGGAUGUUGUUUCGUGACGUUCUACACGAGGAAAGCUGCCCUGGACGCCCAAAAUGCUUUGCACAACGUGAAAACCUUCAACGGGAUGCGCCAUCCGAUCCAGAUGAAGCCCGCGGACAGCGAGAACAGAAACGAACGUAAAUUGUUCGUUGGUAUGCUGUCCAAAAAGUUUACCGAGAACGACGUUAGAAACAUGUUCAGCGUCUAUGGAACCAUCGAGGAAUGCUCGGUGCUGAGGGACAGCACCGGAAAAAGUAAAGCCUGUGCCUUCGUUACCUUCGCUAGUAAACAAUACGCCAUCAACGCCAUUAAAGCUCUUCAUCACUCGCAAACGAUGGAGGGAUGCUCGUCGCCGCUGGUUGUGAAAUUUGCAGAUACGCAGAAGGAAAAGGACCAGAAGAGGAUGCAACAACUUCAGACGAAUCUUUGGAAUAUAGCAGGAGUCAAUAUGGCGCCGCAUUACCUGACCAACGAUACGCCAGCUUUGGCUCCCGCCUCGCUGCAGCUGUUGCAACAACUUCAGGCGACAACAAGCGCCGCGACUCCAGUUGCGGCAGGUGCUGGCGCAAGCGCACUGUCGAGCGUACAGCAUCAAUUGUUGCUCCAACAGCACCUCGGUCUCGGCGCAGCAACUCCUGCGCAUGCGGCCGCGCCAGCCGUACCGAGUCCGCCGGAAAUCAACCCUGCGAAUCUGCAGGGACUGGCGACGCUCGCGUCUUUGAGUAACACCGCCGGUGAGUAUGCAAAUGCGGGAGUAUCGCCGAUGAGUAUGCAAAACCUGGUUACCCUGGCUGCCAUGACAGGCGGAAACGGCAACCUUCAAGUGUCGCCAAACACGUUAAGCGGACUGGCGAAUUCGACAGCAGGUAUGUCGCUAUCUGUCCUUCUUGGAAAGAGCGGAAACACAGGGUCCACCGGAGGUAGCCUAAGUCCUGUCACGUCCCUAGCGCUCAAUUCCUUAACGGGGACACCUUUGAACGGGUUGCAGGACUCUUUGAGCAACGCCUACUCGAGCUUACAACAAUACGCAGGAUUUCCCGCGUUUACAGCGGCGGCGGCGGCGGCGGCGGCGGCGGCUCAAAAGGCGAAAUUCACUAACACGGAUAAGCAGAUAGAGGGUCCAGAAGGUUGCAAUUUAUUUAUCUAUCAUCUACCGCAAGAGUUCAGCGAUACUGACCUUGUCUCAACGUUUCUGCCAUUUGGAAAUGUCAUCUCGGCGAAGGUUUUCAUCGAUAAGCAGACGCAAUUGAGUAAAUGUUUUGGCUUCGUGUCGUAUGACAAUGUGGCGAGCGCACAAGCAGCAAUCCAAGCGAUGAACGGCUUCCAGAUCGGCAUGAAGCGGCUGAAGGUCCAACUGAAACGAUCCAAGGACGCAUCGAAACCCUACUAGCCGACAUCGUCCACCGUUCGUAGCAGGUGGCCUGUGACGUUGUGACCGUGUUCUCGAUCGGAGUCGCCGUGCCAUGUCAGUAUCAGUCAGUCGAAUCGGUCAAUCGUUCGAUCGAUCGGUCAAUCGAUUAGUCGAUCAGUCGAUUAGUCACGACUCCUUGGUCAGCCUCUUGAUCAAUCAUUCUGUGUCUGUCGGUGCCUGUACACAUCUGCCCGCUCUCGCUCCUCUUGUAAGAAGCGGUUGCCCGCUCUACUCCUACACAUACAUUAUAUAUACCAUGAUGCUUCCUAAUUUUUUCCUCACAUGACCAUCCUCGAAGAAAAAACGAGAAAAAAAAAGACAACACUCCUCGAACGAAUCCAUCCACCUACGAGCUACCUCCAUGUUUUAUUUCGCGUACAUGCGCACCGUUUCCGCGUAUGGUCGUCACUGCUUGGUCUGUUCCACAUUUAACCGAGGAUAGAUGGCAGCACACUGAUUGUCAAUCGUGGCGCGUUACUUUGUGAACGCUCUGCUUCGUAAAUAGAAAACGAUAUUAAAAGAGAAAGAAAGAGAAGAAUCCUCAAUGGUCAUCAAUCAACUUUUAUAACUAUGGACCAAGUCGGUGCGAAAUUAAUCGAGGUGCGGAAACGGAAUCAGAACGAGGAAUCGUCGUGGGAAAAAUAAACGCUCGAUCUCGCAUUUAAAAAUUCGAGAGAGACCAGGAAAACGGCGAUAUCAUCGUUCAGUGUGUAAAGAGUAGCGAAGCGGAAACCGGAGCACCACCGAUCGAGCACUAUGUUUUUAUGUUCCUUGGGCUGAACUGUAACACACGCUACCUUAUCUCUCUGUUUCUCUGUAUGUGUGUAUAUAUAUUAUAUAGCAUAUUCGAACGAUGCAUACCCAUAUAUCUGUGCAUGUGUAUGUACGAAAAUGUGCGUAUGCGCGAGUUGUGCGGUCUAAAGCUGAUUGAAACACUAUAAAAAGAAAAGAAUUCGUUACAAUAGAAUAUAGUUACCGCGAUCUUUCAGUCGCUUAAUUUACAAGCGAUUCGAAAUGAACGAACGAAAAAGAAAUAUAGAAACGAAUCAAUUUUAGAUCGCAAUAAAUUAUUUGUGGACCUUUAGUGUAAGAAAUAUUUGCGUACAAUCACUAACUAGCCGUUAAAAGGGAAGAAAAAAAAUAAUAAGGAACAAAAGUAUGCUCGUUCCAUAAGACGAAACUUGUAUAAGUACCUUGUAUGUAUUAUACGAGAAUAUUAUCGCGCAUGCGUUCACUUAUCGACUGAGAAUCGAUUAUAUCGGCUCACUUUCGGGAUCGCUGUCAGCGUCGCGAAUCGCCUGUUCAUAUGUAGAUAAAAAAAAAAAGAUACGCACUAAUUAUUAUAGUGCCGGCUCUAAUCGAAUAAAUAAUAGGAAAAAAAGUGUGUGUAGAAAAUGGAAAACCAUUGAAACAAAAUCAUUGAAAAAAAAAAAAUAAUAAUAAAACGAAGUGAAUGCAAACUAAACGCUAGAACGAAAAUAAAAGAAUAUGUGGACCGAGCGAAAUGGUCAGAGUCCGAUUAACUGUUGUAAAUUAAAAUAAUAUAAUGGUGUAAAGAUUACCAAAAAAAAGAACCAAAAACAAAAAAAAGACAAAACUGGAACAAGGAGACAAAACGAAGUGUAGGGAAAAAACGAUACAUAAGUAGCAUUUUUUAAUGACUUUGUGAUAACGUUGUACCGUACAUAGGAUUGGACUAGGAUCGCUUUUUAACGUGUGUAUGAUAGAAAUAAGCGUGGCAUGAGGAACUUAAAAUGAUGGAAAAUUUCGAAUUAAACUAAAUUACAGGAAAGAAAGGAAAAAGCAAACAAAAUUUUUCAUCAGGUGACACUUCACUAGCGUGCACGCCAUCAUUCUUAUUUUCUUUCUUUUUUUCUUUCUCUCCCCCUUUUCUUUCGCCCGUACCGAGUAGGUACUUAUGAUUCAUGAUUUUUAAUUGUUUUCUGUUGUGUUCGAACCUGUAGAUAAAUUAUACGUGUCCACGGGUAAACGAAAUUUGUACGUUUCAGUACAUUAUGAGAAGAAAAAAGAAGAAAAUUGGAAACAUUCGAGAAAAUUUGAGAAACCUUUACGAUUAUUAUUAUACGACAGUCACGUGGCCGAUCACAUGAUUAUACGAAUUAAUCUUGAGUCAGUAACCAUUUUUGUUACAUUAUAUGACAAAUAUAAAUGAUUUUACGAAACACCUAAGAGAAAAUAUUUGUACUUUGUUAACUUUGUUUUUAUCUACGUAGUGUUUAAGUUUUUCGAAACGAUGUAGAAGUGAUCAGGAUCUUCUAUUAAGAAUUAUAAGUUUUAAUUGAUCUUUUGAGGUUCAGAACUUCAAUAUAAGGACAUUUAGGUCGUUACUGAUGCAAGAUUAACUCAUCGAUGUCAUUGUAAAGUACUUAAUUUCACUGUAUUCUUAAAAAGGUAUACGAUUUCAUGAAAAAGUAGGAAAAAAAAAAAAAAGACAAAUAAGAUAUUGGAGAGUCCAGAAAUGAUAGUUGGAUAAUUUUCAUAUAAAAAUUAAAUCAAUCUGCGUGUUCCUUACAUUUUUCUUAUCGCCAAUUUAUGAAAGAUUUUUAUAUUUUGUGGAGUCGCUCUAUUAUUUAAAAAUCAAGAAAUGAAAAAAAAAAAUCGGAGAAAAAAAAUUGUUAAUAUUAUAGCAAGAUAAUGGAACAUUGCAAGCUCUCCCUCAGAACAAAAAAUCGAAAAUCGUAAGGAGAAGAAGAACGAUGUAGUAAAAACUUCGUCUUCGACUUGAAAAGAGAAGUAUCCAAAGUGUUUCAAUUUUGAAUUUAGAGUUAAAUCUUAUUUCACGCGAAAUGAUCAUGAAUUUCAUAGUUGAAUCAUAUCGACAAGACAAACUUCAUUGCAAAAUAUAAUUAAAUUAUUUUUUUAUAUCGAAUUACUUAUUAACUUCUGUACAAUGAAAGAAGUUAAUAAUUUGAAGAUUUUUAAAAAUCGAAAAAGUAAUUAGAGAUAGUAGAUCAAUAGUAGAAUUGUAGAGAAUAAUAAAUAAAAUAAUCGCAUGAAUUUGUCUUGUAAGUAUGAUUAAAAAAAAAAAAAAAAAAAAAUAUCUACUCGCCAUUGAAUAAGAAAAAAACAGCUGGAGUGUAUGGGUGAUCAUGACUGGCUCUCUUUCUAAUCACUCAUUUCAUCACGAAUCGUCUCUUUCGUCAUUUUCCCAUUUUCCCGUCCUUUUUAAAAGGUUGGUUAAAAUUUUGAAUUAAUAGUUGUAAUGAAUUAGAGAAAUUGAGUUUUUAAAAAAAAAAAUUCUCUUUUAUAAAUAUAGUAAUUUGAGCGCCGUUCGAAUGGGACAUGUUCUUUUUGAUGAUGCUAAUACACAAUUUACACGCACGCGUCAAACCAAAUGAACGGAGCAACGAACACUUAUUUCUUUACAUUUAAAUUUCUAGGAAGGAAUGAAUUAUUAUUACUAUAUUAGAUGAUCCAUCAGAAUGAGGACUAGAGAAAUAAUUUUUUUAGGAAUUAUGAUUCUAGAAAUAAUUCUUAGAAAGAAUUAUGUGAUCAGUAUACCUAAUCGAUUUAAAUCUUAAUACUUUUUGAUAAUAAUAUUCGUAUGCUUCUAAUAACGACUGAAUAUUACAUUUUUGAAGGAAUAUUCGAAUUGCGAAUUUUUUUUUUUAAUUUUUAUUGCUAUUUCAACUUUUAUUAGAAUUGUUUAUAUCAAUUUUUUUAUCUAACUCAAAGUAAUUGAAUUCUAUCCAAUAGUUGUCAUCUUUAUAAAAGAAUUAUAAAAUACAUCGAUAUUGAGAAUUUUAUUUCAAGUAUAUUUCCUCUUGUUUUCUGAUCUAGAUACAUUUUCUCUUUAAUCGAAUAUUAUUAAAUCACCAAAGCCGAUAAUACCAUAAUAAACAUUCGUUCUAAAUUUUUUGAUACGUAUCUAACAUACUGUGAAUUCAAUACACUUUCUCAGGGCCUCAUGUUGAUCACAGUAUACAUGUUUCCAUAUACAGCCAUCUCUAUCAUUUGACGAAUUGCAUUGGAAUGCCAAAGCCGAUACCAUAAAGAUUCACCAAAUCCUGAUAUUGAAUUCAGUUAGUAUCGAUUUUCCCAUUAAUAAUCAAGGACUUAGCGCCAAAUUAACCAGCAUAAGUACACGUAUAUAUAUAGUUUCUGAUGGAUCAUACUAAUAUCGAUCGCAAAAUAGGUGGUCGUUGCAUCAUGCUCCGUGUCAAUUACCAAAGACAUCUCUUUAAUUAAUCGAUGUACUUACGCACCGUAAACAACUAACUCUUUCUCUCUCAAACAUACGCACGUUCAGCCGAUAUAUAAAUAUCAUAUAACAAUUAUUAAUAUUGCGUGAGGUUACACCGUUCUCUUAAGUCCUUUUUUUCUUUUUUUUUUUUUUUUUUGUACACGUGAAUACAAAUGGAGCCUAGUCAAAAGUAAUAUUACGAAUUAAUAUAUCAUCAUUUUUACGUUCUCAUCUCUUUCACCAAAUCCUCUUCAGCACGUAACGUUUAUUUCGUUGUUAAUCAAAUCGGGAAAGAAAAAUAUAAAGGGAAAAAUUAGUGCUGUCUACGUUGAUCACCAUCAUUUAUUAUCAUUAUUAUCGCUAUAUCCCAAUUUACCAACAUUAUCGUUACCUUUAUUAUCAUAAUUAUUAUUAGAACUAUUAUUAAUAUUUGUCGCUAUCGCUCUGUUGAUAGUUUAUUAAUGUUAUAUUAUGACGUAAUUAUUAUCGCUAUGAUUAUUGGUGGUAUCGUUAUUGUAAAACUUUAUUCUUAUCAUUAUUAUUACUUUUAUAUCUUAUUAUUAUUAUUAUUAUUAUAUUAUUAUUAUUAUUAUUAUUAUUAUUAUUAUUCGCACUUUGUAGGAAUGGUGUUUACGAUUAUUAUUAUUCGUAAAAUAUUUGUUUGUUAGACGAUCAUUGUGACGCUAAGCAAAUCAUUUUUUUUGAUUGCGGUGCAAUAUAUACUUUUGUAUAAUUUUUACAAAAGCUUCCCGAGCUAAGCGAACGAAUAGGGAUCACUCGAAGCAACGUACUUAAUCAAUAUUUAUCGUGUCAAUUAUUAUAAACAGAAUUUAUUUUAAUCGAUAAUAGCAAUUUUUUUCACUAUACUUGUAUAUUUUAUUUUAAUUCAUUUUCUUUUUUUAAAUGAAUUUUUCAAUGUUGUUCAAAAGUGAAAUAUUGUGAAUAUACAAAUCUUAUAUAUAUAUGUGAGUUCAAAAAGAAUGGGUGAUCCUAUUCGUUUUUUCUUUCCAUCAUCAAUAAUUACCGUUGCUGUGAAUACCAUUGCAAUUGGUCAUUUAACGCUAGAUAUAUAUUAUAUUUUCGUUCUUUACUUUUUUUUUUUUUUUUUCGUUUUAAACGUUAUAGAUAUACAUGAUCUGUAAACGACUAUCACGUUUAAAGCAUAUGUAUGUCAUCCCUGCAAUGUUAACAGAUUAUAGUACUUUAUUUUGCCGUUUUUUCUUCCACGUAGAACUUGUUUUGUUUUCAACUUUUUUUUUUCUGUAUUAUUGCUAUUAAUUAUUAUUAUUAUUAUUAUUUUUAUUUUAUAUAAUUUUAGAAUUGUGCGUUUUACCGCGUUCGUUUUCCUUGGUGCUCUUAUAUGUGCGAUUUUUGGAACAUGCAAUACGCUAGUAUGUUGUUGCGAGAACAGAUUCAAAAAACGAUCGUUCAAAAUUUACACGGUUCUUAAUCCAUAAGAGGGUGAUUUUAUUGAAAAUUAAAUAAUUUAAAUAUUUAUGGAUUUUGCAAUUGAAGAUUUUCAAUUUAAAUGAAAAUUGAAUAAUUGAAAUUUUCCUUUGAAAAAUUUUAUAUAAAUAUAUAUAUAUAUAUAUAUAUAUAUAUAUAAAUUGUAAGAAUUCGUUUAAUUUAUAAUUUUCCUAAAAAAAAAAAAAGAUAAAAUAAAAUAAAAUAAUACGACGAAUUCUCUCGUGCCAAAACUAUUCUUCAAUCGCUGUAAAACAAAAUGAACGAUCGUCGUUCGAUAUCUCGAUCACGAUAGAACCGAGUAGUACGAUUUCAUUCGAAAUCGAAUAGAAUUUGAUCGACCACUCGAAAAGAAAAAAAAAAAAAAAGAAAGAAAAAAGAAAAAAAUAUAUACCACGGAGAAAACGAUCGUGAAUGAAAUCAAAGAGGUACCAAAUUUCACCGCCAAAACCGCGAACAAUAGCAAACCCCCUUCUUUCUAUCCCCUGCGCACUAUAGAAAAUCUAUACGCGCGUGUAUCAUGUGUACGUGUGUGUGUGUGCGUGUAUUGCAAACAAUUUAUAUAUAUAUGUAUAUAUAUGUAUAUAUGUAUAUAUGUAUAUGUAUAUAUAUAUAUAUAUAUAUAUAUAUAUAUAUGUAUAUCUAUGCACACGUAUAUCACAUCUGGGCAUUACGUGUGUUUCUUUUGUGUAUGUGCGUAUAGAGAAUGUACAUGUACAAAAUAAUCAAUGUAUAUUUUACGUGCGCUAUAAUCGUUCUUGUUGAACGUGUCAUCCGCGUCAUUUAUCGUUGUGUUUGAAAAUGCUCGCGUUUUAAAAGAAAAAAUUCGACAUAUUUUUUUUUUUGUUUUCUGUUCAAUUUUUGUUUCUAUAUCUAUAUACAUAUAUACAUAUAUAUAUAUGUAUAUCUAUGUAUAUAUAUAUAUAUAUAUAUAUAUAUAUAUAUAUAUAUACAUAUAUAUAUACAUAUUUUUUGUUCUUUCUGUUUUCUUUUUCUUUUGCUGUAUCUUUUUAUUGUUAGUGCAUUAUCAUAAUAUUUUUCCGAAUAUCGUUAUCAAAUCGACGAAUUUAAGAAGGAAAAGAAUAAGUUAUCGUCGAUCUCGAAUGCGUUCUUUAUUUUUUUUUCCCCCUGCCCUCUCCCUCCCCCGUUUAUAUCCUCUUGUCAUAUACCGGAGAUCAGCAUGUGGCGUAUGUUGAAAGUAACAAUACAUUGUAUUUAUUUUGUUGGUUUAAUUUAUUCUUUGCUUUCACCGCUAUCCGCCAUCUUUACCGCCUCCCCCAACUCCCGUCUUGUUUUCUUCGAUCGACCUCGUCGAUCGAUCUUUUUUUUUUUUUUUUACGAAAUAUUUAUAAAUUGGUUUCGAAACGAAGCAAUUUCGUUGCUGCAAUAUAUAUAUAUUUUUUUUAAUACGUGUACUUUUAGAAUGGAUUUUAGAAAAAUUAUCAAUGCAAUUGUCGAGCGACUGGAAAUGGAUUUUGCUAAAGUUACACGUGAUCGUUGUUGUCGAAAGUCUACGCGUGAUCCGAGAAUAAAAUAUGAAUUAUUUUAAAUAAUUUUCGAGAAUAUUAUUAUUAUUAUUAUUAUUUUUCGAGAAUUUUGGUGGAAUUUUAUUAUUUUCUUAGAAUUUUCUCGAUGCUCAAUAUUGUAAUAUAGUAUUAUACUUUAGUCAAGUCUUAAUUAACUAAAAGUUAAGAAGAAAUUGGCUCUAAAAGAAAUUGAGUUAAGGGAAAGUUAUUCUUUAAUUUUUAUACAAUUAUAGAUGAUAUUUUUUUAUUUAAUGAAAUUAUACAUAGGUAUGGAAAAAUAAAGAAUUAUUUUCAUUACAACAAAGAUAUAAGGAAUAAUAACUUAAAAGUUUUUCUAUUCGAGUAGACUUUCAAUUUAGCAGUAAGCAACAAUAUCAGCAAUUUUGCAUGUAAUUAAUUGUUUAUUUUCAAAUUUUAUAUAUAUAUAUUUUUUUUUUAAUAUAAUGAAAGUUUAACAACUUUUUCGGCUGAACGCCUUUCCUGCAAAAUUUUACACUGAUCGUUGUCAUUAUUUCCUAUUUAUAUGUAAAUGAAUGUAAAAAUGCAAGUAAUUGAUUAGGCAAAUGCGUAAAUUCUAUACUAAAAUGCGGAUCGUUAAGGAAAAAACGAUCCAAAAUACGGAGGUAGGAAAAUUAAAAAAUUUGUUAAAUAUACAAAAUAAGAGAAAAUGAUCAUCGUUCAAUUAACUAAUCCAGCAUGAUGUUUUCUUUUUCGAUAAUACAUUUUUGAAAUUUAAUUCCGCAAUUUUAGAUUUGUGUACUAAUAUAUUUUACCUUAUUUAAUAACAAAUUAACAAAACGUUGAACACCGAGAUGAAGUUGUAAAAAAUUAAAGAUAUUUUAUAAAAAUUAAAUAAUAAUUCAAUCAACAAUCUAUUUAAAAGUCAUAUCACUAAAGAUAAUUAAAAAAUUAAUAUAAUAAAAAAUUAUCAAACGACAGGAUAAAUUAAACAAUUAAUUAAACAAGAUAAUAAAUUUUCUUACGAAUUCAAACAAUUCGUAUAAAAAAAAAAAAUACCUCGUUAUUACAUUUUCUAAUAAAUAUUUGUAAUCAAAGUUAAAAAGUUAGAAGAAAUUAAUCGAUUAAUUUUUAUCAUCUUAAAUUAAUAAAUAUCUAUCGUGCUGGAACAGUUAAUAUAAUGAAACGUGAAUCGCAAGGGAGAAAAUGCGAAAAAAAUACGAAACGAAGAAGAAAAGAUGAUGUGGUUAUUUCUCAGCCACCGAGCCACGAAUGAUUUUUAUACAUUGUAUAAAUUUUGUACAUAGUCGAGCAUAAUCCAGCUGUAACUUUGAUAACUAUCUUCAUGAAUGUUCAUUGUGUUCGGCCUAAUUAAUUCGCUCUUUGCUAAGACGAGAAUGUAUAUCCGCCCUUUUGAACCCUUUAGUUGAAACUGAAAUAGAGGAAGUGAGAGAGAAAUUGCUCUAAAUAACUCGCAUAAUUUCAAAAUAAAUUAUCAUCGAAAAUGCGAAAAAUACAUAACAGAAGAAGAAGAAGAAGAAGAAGAAUAUAUAUAUAUAUAUAUAAUAUAUAUAGGUACAGAGAAUAAAAAGACUUUAAAAAAAAAAAAAAAAAUGUACAAAGGAAUCGAAAGAAAGAUGCAAUAUUUUCGAACAAAGCACGCCAAUAGAAUGAUUAAAGGACCGUUUACACGAUAAAAAAGAUAAAAAAGAUAAAAAGGAGUCGAAGAUAUACGUUUUUGUCAUAUCGUUCAAAGGUAGAUCAUAAAAUGGCGGAAUGAUCUAACCGUUUGUUAAUUCAGGUAACGAGGAAGGAGGAAAGUGUAAUCUGUAAAAUGAGAUUAAAAAAAAAAUCUAUGCGUACGAUGUGUCGCGAAAAUCUUUGAUUGUAUUUGAAAGAUUUAAUUAAUGUGUUAAAUAAGUUGGAAAGUUUGAUAAAAAUAUAUAUUUUGUGGGUAUAAUAAUACAUUAUUGAUUAUUGAAAAUAGAAAAGAUUUGAUACGAAUAUUUUAAUGUUGUGAAAAUUUACAAUAGAAAUUUUUCUUUCAAAGAGAAACCUUUAAAUUUCUAAAAAUCAAUGUAGAAUUGUACAGAAAUAAAAAAAUUCAGAUAUAAAUGAAACUAAGAUUUUUGGAAAAAUAAUUUUUUGAAUACUAAAAUGUUAUUUAUUGACAAAAUAUAUCAAAAUUAUUAUAUAUUUAUUUUUUAUUUGAAUAAUUUAAAGUCAUAUUAAAAGAAAAAUAUUUAAAAAAUAUUUAAAAAGUCUAAAAAACAAGAUAUAAACUUUAUAUUAUAAAUUAAUAAUCGAACUUUUUCUAUCCAGUGUUCAAUUAUCGAGUCAAUUACAAAAAAGAAUAUUAUUACUGUAACAAAUAAACAUAGAUCUUUUUAUAAUACUUACAAAUUUUUCAUAUCAACUUUUGAUUAAUAUUUAAAACAAUAAAAACAAUGUUUUUAUAGUUUAGAUUCAUAAAAAAAAAAUUGAAAAAUCUGAAAAUAAUCAUAAUUUAUUAUAAUAAAAUUAUCAAUCAAGAUAUAAGAAAAUGUUAUAAAAAAAUUUUUUAUUAAUUUAUAUAAAUAUACAUGCUUUACAAAUAAUCAAAUUGGUCUUUGAAAAAAAACAUAUCUUUUUAAAAAAAAAUAUUCAACCAACUUUAACUUUUCCAAUAGAUUAAUAUUUCUUUUGAUAAGAUAUUUAUUACAUCAACAUGAUUUCUGUUGAUAUCUUCAAUUACUUAUAAUUAUAAAUAUUAUACUGUAUCUAAUCGAAUCAUGAAUUUAUAGAUGAUUAAAAUUAUUACAAGAUAUUUCUCCCGUCAUUUUCAUAUCUUUUUUAAUAUUUAUCAGUAUUAUUGUGUAUAUUAUCUUAUUAAUUGUGAUUAUUACAUCCACAAAAAAAUUUCGAAAAAUCUUACAAUUCUAUAAUCUGUAUUACAUACUCUUUUUCUCUUUAAUUAAAAAUCAUCGCAAUCGAAAACUUUCGCGACAUAGUGUAAGAGAGCCGUGUGUCAACUUAUACUCGACAUCACGACUUUGUAAAAAAAAAAAAACAAAAAGAAAA